UGUUAGUUUUGCCACAAAAACAAAACAACAUAACCUCGAAAAUGGAUCCUGGAAACGAAUGGAAAUCGGAAUACUUAAAGGAUAAUUUCGCGGUUAACGCAACUUUAUCAAAAUGUACCCAAAAGAAAGAUUUAAACGAAGUCACGGAGAACUUAAAAUUGUACGCCUCAGAACUCCACGAAUCAAUGACUGAAAUAUUAAAAGAAGAAACGGAACCGAUCGUAAUUUUAGCCCAAGCACUAAGCGGGCUUAGUUUAUACUUAAACAAAUUAACGAUUCCUUUGACGCAAUUCCGCGAAGAGAUCUUCGGGCUAUUCGAGUUAAUAUCCGUAACAGAAAAUAUUUGCAAACAACACCUAAUUAAAUCAAAGCAUCUCCACACUGACCAACACUACACAUCAUUAAUAUCCUCAAUAAGUAAUAUAGCGGAAUACGUUGAGGCGAUCGUGCAAAAGCAAAUCGAGGAUUCCGGAAUUGAUUUGCAAUUAUUUGAGCGCGCGAUUGAUGAGUAUUCGAUAAAUGUUAACCAUUUAAAAGCGUCUAAAACCACGGAUACAACCGAGAAUAUUAUAAACCCAUCUCUUGAGGAGAAAUUAAAAAUUCUCACCGAUAACAAAUUUAUUCAAGGUAUCAAAAAUCGCGAUGAAAAAACUGUUUAUUCAUGUUUAAGAGCCUACGUUAGUUUAAACAGACAAGAAGAUGCGGAAUUGUUGUAUAAAACAACAUUCGUUGAUCCCGUUUUGAGUCAAAUAUUUAAUUUAAAAAAUUUAGAGAAUCACAAUUUCGAUUUAAACGAACUUUACAAGGAAAGCGAAGCGUUUAAAACCAAAGAGAUGUCGUUUUUAUUCAACAUUUUAGAUAAAAACAACGAUUUAAAAGGAUUUAACUUCACAAUAAACUCCUAUUGGAAAUCAGCCGAUCGUUUAUUACGAGACAAUUUAAGUCAAACAACAUCAUCGGGAAAUCCUGAAUUGUUUCAAAAACGUUUUCAGGCAACAUUUAAUUUUUUAACAUCGAUAAACUUUACGUUAAAAGAUGCGUCAUUUCACGAUCACAUGAAACGAUUUAAUUUAGCCGUUUACUUUGAAAUACGUCACCAACAAAUUUCAGCGAGUUUUGAAAAAGAUUUGGUUGAAAAUGAGAGUUUAAAUGAAAGUCUAAAUACAGGGGCGGACACUGAAUUAAAAUUAAAAGCAACCUUGGCUUUUUGGAGGUCAAUUAAUCAUUGUUUUCAUCCUGAUAUAUAUUUAAACCACCUUUGUGACCAAUUUUUUAAACUUUCAAUGUUAUUGCAAGGAAGAUAUUUAAAAUAUAUAAACGUGAUGGCUGAGAAAUCGGUUAAAGAAGCUGGUUCAGAAGAAUUUUUAAUAAAUUGCCUUUUAGAUAUAAAGUUGUUGAAAAAACUUUUGGGCGAAGAAAUAAAAGACAACUUAAAAGAAAGUAUUUAUAAGAUAGUGCAUAAAAAUUUUGAAGCUUUAAUUAAAAAAGCCGUUGUUUGUAACGAAAAGAUAUUCAACAAUACUUACGACAACGUAGUUAACCAACUAAUUAAUAUAAACAUUGAAAAAGGAAAGAUUUUAUUGCAACAAGUUGGGUCGAUCCCUAGAUUAUACAGAAGAACUAAUAAAAGCGCUCCAACCGAACCUAGUUCAUACGUUUUAGAAAUUGUCAAACCAAUCGUAACAUUCCACAACAAUUAUAUCGAUAUAUUAAAAGACGAUGUUCUUAAAAUCAGCAACAUUUCAGUUGAUAAAAUCGCCAAACAGUAUUUAACCGUUAUCCAAGAUGUAUUACACUCAAUUUGCAAAACCGAAGAAUCAUUGAGGCGUUUAAAAAGUCGGAAUAUUUCAGUCGAAACGUCCCAAAAUGUUGAUUUAACUUCAGAUGAAGCUAAAAUACGGGAACAAAUUCGAUUAGAUGUAGCUUAUUUCCUUUCAAUUCUAGGAAAAUUAGUUUUUGAUCCAGAAAAUGAUACAUUAAAGGCUUUAAAAAAGGAGAGUGAUUGUAGGUCUUAAGAGAAAUGUAUUUAAAAGUUUGAUUUUUGUUGUUUA